GUGAAGGGUGGUGGUGGUGUCGGAGAGUGGUGGUGCUGCUGUUGGUGCAAGGUGGCGUGCGGCGGCCCGACGCCAACUCUUUCUUCUUGAUGAUAACCUGCGUGCCAGGGCCUGCCCCCUCGCAUUUCGCGCUCGUACGCGCCACGAUGAUCGGGCGGAUGCGGCACAGCCUGCGGCGCAAGAAGGACGGUGACGGCGCGGAGACGCCGCGCCGCCCGGCGCAGUGGGAGAUCGACGAGAACAACGUGCGCACCGAGGGCUGCCACUUCUUCGUCAAGUACCUGGGCUGCGUGGAGGUGCAGCAGUCCAGGGGAAUCCACGUGUGCGAGGAGGCCGUCAAGAAGCUCAAAUCUUCCGGCAAGAAGGUGCGCGCCGUUCUCUUCGUGUGCCCGGAGCAGCUGCGCCUCGUGGAUGAAGACACCAAGGACCUGAUCAUGGACCAGACGAUCGAGAAGGUGUCGUUCUGCGCGCCGGACCCGCGGAACGAGCGUGCCUUCUCCUACAUCUGCCGCGAAUGCACGACGCUCCGGUGGUUGUGCCACAGCUUCCUCGCCCGGCGAGACUCGGGCGAGCGGCUGAGCCACGCUGUUGGCUGCGCUUUCGCCGAGUGCCUCGAGCGCAAGCGUCAGCGCGAGCUGGGCUGCUCCGUCACGGCCACGUUCGACGAGAGCCGCACCACGUUCUCGCGCGAGGGCUCCUUCCGCGUGCCCUCCGCCACGGAGCUCGCGCGCCAAGGCGAAGGCGGCGCAGGCCAGGCCCGGCAGCUUCACCCCGCGUCGCCUUCCUCAGCCGGCAUCGCCAACGAGGCCGCCCUCGACUUCCUGCCGAGCGGCGGCACCAACGGCCGCGGGCGGCGACGAGCCCCGCUCGGAGGACCCGGCGCUGCCGCCCGCCGCCGCCGCCCGCCUUCCCCGCCGACUUCUCGUGCCCGGCCAAUGUCCCUCCCCCCGGCGCCGGCCGGACCCACGGGCGCAGCUUUCUCAGUGGGGACGUUCGUCAGCAUCGCAGAGGGUGGGCGGCGCGGGGGGGGCAGCUCCGGCGGGGCGGGCUCUGGCGGGGGGUCGCCCGGGGGGGUCGCUGCCCCCCCAGGAGCAACUCGAUGGGGGACUCGGGCGCCGGAGCUACCGCACGCCAUCCCUCGCCGGCACGCGCCGCUGGAGGAGCUGGCGCGCCAGGGUUCGUUGCGCAACUUCCCCAAGCUGCAGCAGAGCUCGCCGUUCAAGCGCCAGCUGUCGCUGCAGCACCAGAUGGGGCAGUGCUCGCAGCUCAACCGAGUUCCCGAAGUCGAGGUCAUGGCUGCCGCACAGGAAACAGCAGAGGGCGACGCCCUGAGCUCCUUUUCCGGUUUCGAUGGCUUCGGCGCUCGCCGCAUCCUCCUCAUCGUCUCAGCCGCCGCCGAUCUCUGACCCCUUCUUGGCCGCCCCCAUGCCCGGCCUCCGCAGCCCUCGGGUGGCGGAGCGAUGGGCUGGUUCCUCGGCGAGGACGAUCAGCAGAGCCCCGGCCCCCAAUCAGGACGGCGACGCACCCCGUCGGAAGCCGAUCGCUGGUUGGACGAAGCCAUCUGCGCAUCGCGCCACAAGCAGCAGCAGCAGGCUGCGUGGGGGCAGGCUGGCCCAUCGCGCGUUGCCUACGACGAGCAGGGCUUCCCGAGGGCCUUCUCGGACCCCACGAUGCCCUCCUACUUCAACGGGUCAGCAGGGCAGGACCACCAGAAGUUGCACUUCGAGCUUAACAGCAACGUCAACAAUCAAACGUGGGGCGGCAGCGGGCACGCGUCAGCCCUGUUCUCGCUGGGACCUACCGUGAGCCCCGACCCGUUCAUGCCGGUGAUGGACUCCCCGGGCCAGGCCAGCACCAAGGCAGGCCACAUCGCCGGCAUGUCGCCAAAGAGCUUUGAGAUUCAGAUUUAGAGCAGUCAACUGCCAGCACUACGGUUUUAAUGUUUGGUUUUUUUUGGGAAGAUUAUUUGUGGCUUUGUCUUUUUUUAUCACAUGACCACUACUUUUUAUUUUCUUAAUUGCUAUAUAUUAAUAUAUUGCCGCACUUGUAAGGGCUUAUUGCAGCCUGAUAGUAGACUUUUCUUUGGAAGAUGAGUUUAAGAAGGAUAUGGCCAAAGAGUUAGCCAUAUAAAUGUAAGUAAAAUACCACGUAUUUUCUGAUGUUGUUUUGUUUCCUAAUCGCAGUUUCAUUUCACUCCUUGUCGUGUGACCACGAUACAAAAUAACAUUUGUAACAUGACACAAUCACUGUCCUACAUAAAGUGUUGAAGAAACUUUUUUUAGUACGUCGGGGAUGCGUUCCUCAAAUGUGCGACGACGAAUAUUGAAACGACGUAAAUCAAAGCGAUUUUCAGAAUACGGUGGUGGAGGUGAAGGCUGAGAGGCGAAUGAUAAUGAGAAAGGACGGACGAUGCUGUCAACGAAGUAAGUGUGUGGGGUUGAUGCGACACAAAUCGGGUAACGGUGUUAAUAAUAAAGUCACGGCCAAUUGGUGAAACGACGUCAAAGGGGAGACAUAAAUCGGGGUAUCACUGUAAUUUACUCUUUGGUAAUUUUACGUUCACCUCCGCCCACCCCCCUCCCUCUCUAUAAAGUGCCGUGGCCACAUUUUAUCGCCACGAUUUAUUUAGCAAAGCCUAAAACUUUGGUGCCAUUUUAAAACGGGUCCCCCGACCAUGUUAUGCAAUGUUAAACAUCGGUGACGAAUUGCUAGCAGUUGGCCCCCGCCACCUUUGGCCUUGUUGUUGACGUUGGUCACGUUUGUGCUCGGCGGUAAAUCCAGAGUCGGGGGCGGGGAGGGAUGGGGGGGGGGUCGCCCUCCACCUCAGGUUUGGAAGCACAAGUUUUCCAUGACGAAUCAAUGUGGCAUAAAGCAUUAAAAUAUACUUUUAAUGCCACCAGCCACAGAGCCUGCACAAGGCAACUUAAGUGAUGCUCUUAGUUUCCAUCAUGAAUCAACAUCAACUAAUGUAACAUUGCACUGAUGAUAUGUUUUAUUCAAUCGGCCAUAUAGCCUGCUGUCCCAAUGUGCUCAACUGCAUUUGUUCUCAUUUGCUGUAGCGGAUUUUGUUAACUUAAAAUGUAUGUUUUCGUAGCCAGCACUACGACCCGUAUUUGGGUUUCGUGCCAAUUGUCGUUUUGCCGAUUUCUGAGGUAGGCUGAGUGUCGUGGACACAUUAUGGGAAUGGAGAAAUGCAAAAUCGGAGGUUGCCGGGAGAUCAAACUCGCGAUCACUGAUGCUGCCACGGUGGUGUAUUGGUCACCACAAUGGACUUCCAAUCCAGUGGUCGCUGGUUGGAUACGAUCUUCCGGCGUGGCAGUUGGGGCAGGUUUCUUAAUUCCCCUCAACCCUCCACCCCUGUCCACCCAGCAGUAUAAAUGGAUACACCACAGUUAGUCGGAUCACGCGUGGUGGGGUAGAGUGUGGGUACUCCCACGUGGUCUCGCACGUCUGGGCAGCGAAGAAGAGUCGGACAAAUGACCCACUAGAGUCUCGCGCUCUCUCUUGUGGAGGCCCUCCCGCCGACAGUGGCGUGAGCGAGCCAUCGCAUGGCCUGCGGCUUUAGCUUCUCUCAUAACCCACCUCUCUUGGUGCCUCCCUGUUUAUCCCAGCUGCUGCUGCCACUUCCGCUAAUGCCGUCUUCGCUUUAUGCGGACGACUGGAGCGCGUAGAGAGAGAGAUUAAACGAUUGUGUGUGGCGUCGACAAAUACGUGCUUUGUUUCAGAUGCCGUGCGCCGAUAAAGCCGUUGCGUGCCAACGUGCCGCUGCGAAACCGGAGCAGUAUUGAUCAGUGUCGUCUGCCUCUCGUGUACGGUAAUUGCCCCUUCGCGCCUGUGCCAUCCCAACAGAAAUGCGUUCGUCUUGUAUAAGUGUUCGUUUUAAAAGAUGCACUAUUCGCAAUGUCAAUCUCUGGCAAUGAGCGCUUGUGUGCCUUUAUAUCCAGAUGCCUUGGUUGUGGCCUUGCAUGUGAGAAGUUCUACUCGAGUUUUAAAAAUAGUAUUGUUUUUCUCUACACGACAUCGUAACCACACGGGAUAAUGGUUUGAGGUGUAAAAUCGGAGUAAAGUCCGUGAAUGCUAUAACACACAAGAGCCAUUGAGAGCAACUGUAUGUUCUAUUAUGGGCACAUUUUAAAUAAAUUCUGCCUACACAGACAGAUGCCUGUGUUGUUUGUGA